CGCUGCCUCGGUUGGAGGAUCCCGGCCCGGGGGCGGAAGAGGAGAGGGCGGAGGGAAGGGUCUUUGCGGGGUAACGGAGGGGGCCUGCUGGCCGGUGGGGUCGGACCGGAGGGGCUGCGGCUCAGUGGGAAGGACCUGCCCCCAGGGCAGAGCGUCUGGUUCUGCCUGAGCUCCGGGACAGACGGCGGGGAUGGCCCCGAAGACAGAGGAUCGCCUGUCUCCGAGCCUGUGGGUCACCGGGGCCCCGCACCCUGCCUGGCCCGGAGGACGGGGCCGUCCCCAGCCCCGCCCCAGCCUGGCGGGAGCCUCCUUCCCAGUGCGGCCUGCGGAGUGUGGCGGCGCACAAAGGCAGAGACCCUGCACCGUCGCUGCUGUUCUGCUGUGGCCGGCGCCUGCCCGUGUCGGGGGCGCGGGGGGCUGCGCGGGUGCAAAUAGCUAUGGGCAACUUGGCCUUGGCCAUAAGGAAGACGUGUUUUUGCCCCAACAACUGAAUGACUUCUGUAAACCUGUGUGUGUCAGGAGGAUCGCGGGAGGAGGGGGCCACUCUGCUGUUGUCACAGAUGGAGGAAGCCUUUUCGUUUGUGGCCUGAACAAAGAUGGGCAGUUGGGGCUUGGUCACACGGAGGAUGUCCUAUAUUUUACACCCUGCAAAUCCCUCAUUGGCUGUCCCAUCCAACAGGUGGCCUGUGGCUGGGACUUCACCAUUAUUCUCACAGAAAAUGGUCAGGUUCUAUCAUGUGGAUCCAACUCCUUUGGCCAAUUAGGAGUUCCUCAUGGGCCUGGAAGAUGUGUGGUUCCCCAGGCCAUUGAGCUCCUGAGAGAGGAGGUUGUUAGUAUUGCUGCUGGACUGAGGCAUGCGUUAGCUGCUACAGCAAGUGGCAUUGUGUUCCAGUGGGGAACUGGUUUGGCAUCAUCUGGACGGCGGUUGUGCCCUGGGCAGACCCUCCCACUGUUUUUGACAGCAAAGGAACCGAGCAGAGUGCCAGGUCUAGAGAAUUCUAAAGCAAUUUGUGUUGUGGCUGGGUCAGAUCACUCAGCUUCAUUGGCAGAUUCAGGAGACCUGUAUGUUUGGGGAAGCAACAAGCACGGGCAACUGGCUUCCCAGGCUGCUUUCCUUCCUGUGCCUCAGAAAAUAGAAGCACAUUGUUUUCAGAAUGAAAAGGUCACUGCUGUGUGGAGUGGGUGGACACACCUGGUUGCUCAGACAGAAACUGGCAAGGUGUUUACCUGGGGCCGAGCAGACUAUGGUCAACUAGGGAGGAAGUUGGAGUCUGAGGAAGGCUGGAGACCAGAAAAGCAGGGUUCGCCCCUCCCCUGCUCGAGACCAUGGGAGAGUACGCCUUCGUCUCUGCACUGCUUAACUGGAGCAACUGAGAUCUCCUGUGGCUCGGAACAUAAUCUGGCAGUGAUUGGAUUUCCCCCACAUCUGACAAAGCUGCUGGCUGGCUCCCCUUUGUGGGCAUAGACUGAGGGCAGCAGAGGUGAGAUGAGGGCAGGUGGCCACCACUUGCUCAGAAGAUCCCUGCCUGCCAGAGGCCGGCUCCCCAGGCCCGGGUCUGUCUUUGGGGCCCUCACCUCUGUGUCUGGCUGAAUGGACUCCAGCUGUUCUGCUUCCCCCAGGAGCAGCUUAUUUUGGCUUGAAUGGGCAAUUUGUUUGCCUUCUCGCCUGAUGUGCAGUUGUUCAGCCUUCCCUUCCUGCAGAGAAAAAAGAGCUGACUGCAUUUCCUCUCUCCCCGCUCCACACAGACCCUUGGAAAGGAUUUUAUUGGUGGCUUUUUCCUGGAGCGCUCAGGCUCACCAGACAGGCAUUGUUAAAGGGUUAGAUAUUUGGCAGGAAACUGUGGUACUGCCGCCGCCUCCUCCUUUCCCUCCUCCAAGCAAAGCCAGUUCUUUUUAUCAAAUUGGAGCAAUAAUCUAUGCAAGGAUUUUUUUUUCCCAUUUCACUGAUGAGUUCCAAUUGUUGAACCUUUGUAUCUUUGUAAUAUGCGUGGCAGAUGUCUGAUCUUGGCUUGAAACCCAUCACAGUUUCACGUAUGAAUUUAAUAGACAGAACUCUUUUUGACACUGGCUGCUCCUCUGAGAGGUAAUACCUGCAAACCCCAGGGCCUUGUAGAGAGCUUAGACGUACGUACAAACUUGUGUGGUCCUAUGCACCGUGUGAUGGACAAAGUGUGUUAUUAUCCACUUAAUUAUAGCAACUUGGUGAGUUGGCACUACUGUCCACCCCAUUUUCUAGAUGAGGGCAGCUGGAGCUUCCGCUGAGCAGCUUAUCCCACACAGGUCACAGGUGGUCAGGAGGAAUCUGUGGGUCAGGUCUUUAACCCAAGCCUCUAACUUCGAAGCCGGAGGUCUACUACCUGAUGCUGCCUUCCUGCAUACCAGUGACAGUCUUGCCUGCUUUUAAGGCCAUCAGAUAACCUGAUUUCCUCUGCUCAUUUCAGUGUUCCGUUCUCCUUCUGUACAUCCCACCAGUACAUCCAGCCUGAAUCUCCUCUGCUUCAGAGUAAGCAGUGCUCUGCGUAACAACCAGAUAAAGUUGUGAAAUCUA